UUCGUCACAGUCAAAGUUUGACACCGAUAACGGUGACUUCGAAAAUUACGCGACUCUCGAGAAGCGCAAGAGAGCAUUUCCAGAAACCGCGAUGACUGAUCAAGCCAAAGAGACUGCUGACGAUCCGAUAGAGCUGAUCCAAAACGAUCCGAUAGAGCUGCAAAACGAUCCGAUAAAGCUGCAAAACGAUUCGACGAAAAGUAUCGCGGAAGUUUUCUCGGAUUGUACAGUUCUCGUAACAGGUGGUCUGGGCUUACUCGGAACGCUUCUAAUCGAGAAAUUGCUGCGAUUUUGUCCGAAAGUUAAGACAUUGUACGUUCUUGUAAGAAAGAAAGAUGGAAAAAGUCUUGAUGAACGUGUGAAGCAACUUGCUGAAAUGCCCUUAUACAAGAAGCUGAACAAGGAGCAGCCCAAUUUUCUGAAGAAAUUAACGUUGAUCGAAGGUAAUUUGGACACGGAAAAUUUAGGUUUGUCUCCGGAAGAUCGAGACAAGCUACUCGAUACGGAAGUAAUUUUUCACGGUACAGUUAUCAUACGAUCCAAUCUUUGCACCAUGGCGAACAUUCAUGUGAAGAGCACAGAGCAAAUAUUACUGUUGGCGAAAAAUAUGAGCAAUCUUAAGGCGUUUGUUCAUCUGUCAACCGUUUUCGCUCAUUGGAAGCACAAAUCUAUCAAAGAGAAACAUUAUACCCCGCCAAGAGGGUAUAAUAUCGUAUCGGAAUUGAACGGCAGCUGGCUCAACACGUUCGCAUAUACGAAAGCGAUCGCGGAGGAGACGGUAUUGCGAUACUGUGACAAGAUACCGGCGUGCAUCGUGCGACCGUCCGUCGUGACUUCGACCUGGAAGGAGCCGAUCAUGGGCUGGGUCGACAGCGUGUACGGGCCCGUCGGCCUCCUGGUCGGUUCGGAUCUCGGUUUAUUGCGCACGAUAGAUUGCGACACCAACAAAAAGCUCGACCUCGUACCGGCCGAUUACGUGACGUCGUGCCUGAUUGCCGCCGCCUGGUGCACCAUGAAGAAUGCCGAGGAACUGAAAAAAAAAGAUUCUAAACCGGACAUAGAGAAGGUACCGGUCUACAAUUUCGUAUCGUCGUGUCAAGAACCGAUAACCUGGCGAAAGUUCCAAGAGUACGUGCGCGCACAUAGAUCGACGAAGCUGCUAUCCAUGUUUUGGAACAAUACGUUGUGGAUGCAGCACAAGAUUCUAGGCUACCUGUCCUACUUGUUGCCCGCGGUCGUCGCGAACAGGGCCGUCGUUCUCGCCGGUCAGAAUGCAAGCCGGUGCAUGACCUACAAUCUGAUGAACUCUUAUCUCGAGUCGAUGCAUCACUUUAUGACUCAGCAGUUGAACAUUGAGAAUAAGGCGACGGUCAAACUGUGGGAACAAAUGAGCGCGGAGGAUCGCAAGAUAUUCGAGUUCGAUAUGAGAAACUUCGAUUGGAACGAAUACGUGAAACAAAUGAUUAAGGGUAUUCACGAAAUUGCCAACGAAACGUCGAACGAUGUUGUGUAGGAAGGACUGGCUGAAUAUGUCGAACUCUGAUCCCCCCGUCUUAGUUUGAAACUCGACUUAUUAUGUGUAACCAAGUCGCGCUUUCUCUACGUAUAUAAUUUAUAUAAUCUAGACUAGAACCUCCAGGGAGUUGGACACCCACAUUUUUCUUUCCUUUAAAUAUUACAAGGAUAUAUAUUGUAUUAAUCUCUCAUAAAAAUAUGUAUUAUAAAUAAAGAG